AUGGUCAAACUCGCCCUUUCUCUCGUUGCCUUAGCCAUGACUGGCUCGGUGGCUGCCGCGCCCGCCCCUGGCGGAGCCACCCCAGCCGUCUCCGGCACCACCUUCUCCUUCGAGGCGUGGGUAGAGGACAUAAUCGCCCACCCGGAUACGGCUCUGACGGUCGACGAAGCCCUCGCCGCUGCUGAGGCUGCCGAUGCGGUCGGUUCUGCUGGUGGCCUGGUGAAGAGGGCCACUUGCGGCCCAAGCAGGUGGACUCGUGCCAAUGGUCGUGAUGCCACCGCCUGUGUCGAUGACCUUGCCCGCAAGGGCAACAACGGGGUUAUGUGUACGAUCCCCAAGAACAAGCUCGAGAUCCAGAUGUGUCAAAUUCGGAACGCCGAGGUUGUCGGCAUCAAGCACGGUCUCGCUCAUAAGCAGGGAGCCAACUGCAAUGCUAUCGCCCGCACUGUCGGAAGGGUUUUCGACCGGUGCUGGCGUGCCGACGACACUGUUUCUGGCAGCGCGUACUGUGUCACCAACAACAAUAUCAAUGUUGCUAUUAAGGGAGCGUGA